AUGUAUAUUCCAAAAUACUACGCCGAAGAUAAUUGGGAACAGCAAGAGAGUCUUAUCAAAGCUAAUCCAUUAGGAACUGUAAUUUCUUUAGGAGAGAAUGGGCUCAUAGCGAAUCAUAUACCAUUUUAUUUGCAUAUUGAUAAGGAUACCAACAAGAAGUAUUUGCAAGGACAUAUUGCGAAAGUGAAUCAUCAGAUACCCUCAUUCAAGGAGGAUGGCGAGAUUUUAGUUAUAUUUCAAUCCCCUAGUUCGUAUAUAAGCCCCUCUUACUAUCCAUCCAAACAAGAAACCCAUAAGUUUGUACCUACUUGGGAUUUUGCUAGUUUGCAUUGUUAUGGGACAUCGAGAAUUAUAGACGAUUUCGAUUGGGUUAGGGCUCAGCUUAACAAUUUUACAGAUCAACAAGAAAUCAAGAGAUCAGACCCUUGGAAAGUGAGUGAUGCACCUGAGAAUUACGUAAAGCUAAAACAGAAGGCUAUUACUGGCUUAGAAAUUGAAAUAACCAGAAUUGAGUGCAAAUUCAAGUUUGAACAAGAGAAGAAAAAGGAAGAUAUAGAAGGAGUUGUCAGAGGUUUGAACGAAGAUAACAAACCGGAUAUCGCCCAAUACGUCAAAGAUGCAAAUGAAACAUCUUAA